UCUUUCAGAUCCGAACAGAGGGAGGCUCUCAAAGCUUCGAUAACUGCCUGAACUUCAUGGCGGCACCAGGGAGCUCCAUGCUUUACUCUUUCCUUCUAUUUGCUGUCAUUCUCUCACUUCAGGAAAUGUAUAGGGUGAAGUUGGCAUCAACGGAGUUAUUCACCAUUCUUGGAGGCUUCAUUAGCUCUCUUUUAUUUCUUGUAUUGCUUACAUUCAUUGGAAACUUCCAGGAGACAUGUGGCAUAAGAACUGGUUGGGGUGCUGUCCUAUUGGCGGAAGCAAUUGCUCUAAUUGCUGCUGGCACUGUGCAUCGAGUUUGUAUCACAACAUGCUUCUUGUUCUCUAUGGGAUUGCUGUAUGAGAUUAACAAGAUUUCGGGGGUGACGCUUUCCACAAAUGAGGGUAAAACGAAGAGGCAUUAAGCAGGGAGCCUUGAGUUGAACCACAAUAGCUCAUCAAUUUCCAUUUUUGGUAGACAUCUUUAUGUGAACCUUGUCGUCUUUCUUAAAUGAUGUACCUUUCUUAUGCUUCAAUAUAUUAGACUCUGUUUUCCAUAAGGGGAAUUUGAAGAUAUGCUUGUUGAAGUUUUUUACAUAGUUUUC